CGGUAAUAAUGAAGGGAAUUAUAUUUGCAGUUCUAAUUUGUUUUUCAUUUGGAUUGCCAGUUCAACCAAAAUUAGAUGAAUAGAAAGUGGAUGAAUUAAAUAAUGGAAAACUGUCGAAAUUUAUUUUAGCAUUCGCUUAAUUAUCAAGUAUGUUGGAAAGACCUUUAGGUUGUAUAAUUAAAUAAGCUUUAAGUUGAUCUGGAUUUUGCGGUGUAAGAUUUGAGUGAAGAUUUAAAAGAAAUGCAAGAAGAGGUUUCAUAAGACUUUUUUUAGAGAUCAGCAUAGCAUAAAAAAAUAAUUGAUGAUUUAGAUGUUUUAUUAGGAAAUGCUUAGAUUGAAAUAAGCAACAGUAUUAAUCUUGUAGAAAAUGUACUAAAAAACUAACUUGUAUUUGUCAUAUAUUUAAGAAAUAGGUAUAAUUAAAUAAUAAGUAAUCCUCAUUGCAAGAUUUUGUGAGUUAAAAUAGAGUGGCUAUUCAAAGAGAAGAUUUGAUGCAUUAAACAAACAGCAAACAAUAUGAGGAAAAGAGUACGUGAAAGUCUCAGUAUUUUUUUAGUUACUGAUCAUUAGACAGCAUUGAAGAUUUUAGACAAAGCAUUGGAUAUUGUAUAAAAGUUUAUUUCUGGAGAGUUGGAUAUAAAUUAAAGAGUAUUAUUAACUAUUAAAUAAUAAAAUAGGAUCCAGUUUAAAGAGAUGUAUAGGAGUUAUCUGGAUGUCUUAAUAAAAGAUAUGGAAAUUAUCCAUUAGUAGCAGCUUUAAUAGAAAGUGUUCCUACUUUUGAGAAUAUGAAACAACUCAAAAAAAUAAGACAAAAACUUGUUAAAAUUAAACAAGCUGUUUAAGAUUAAUACAAUGAAGACUUGUUUCAUGAUAGAACCUAAACAUCCUUGUAUGAGAAGAGAAAAGCUCAAUUAGAGAAGGAACAUUCAAUAUUCUAGUAAUAAAUAGCAGACAACAUGUUUUCAAUAAAUACAAUAUAAUGUAAGUUGAUAAGGUACUCAUGAAUUAGAAAAGAUAAAAGUGGAAGAGGACUUUUAAGAUAUGAGAAGAGAUGACGUUAAGAGAUAUGCUUAGUAAAGACAAGAUGAGAAUGAGGCAUUUGCCUAUGAGAUUGCUAUAUUUUAAGAUUUAAAAAAUAUGUAUUUAACAGAAUAGUAGCUAAGUGAAUAGGCAGUAAAGUAAUCAUUCUAAAUAUUAUUAGUUUCAUUAAUACAAAAUAAUUUUCUGACUUACUUAGAAGUAAUUUAGAUAUAGCCCUUAGAAAGAAAUGA